UUCUCUCUCCCUCCCGUCCCUCCUCCAUCUCUCUCUCUGUGUUCGGAUCCGGGCGGGAUGAUGAUGUGCAGCUGCAUGUUGGUGUGGUCCUGCUGAAACAAAUAGAGCUUGUGGACCCACUGAGAUGAGACAGUGUCCUCCGUGUCUUCGCAAAGCCGCCGCAGCACCGACUCACAGGAGGACGUGGGCUCUUCAUCAUCCAAACAUUUGACAGUUGGAAUUUUAAAUCCCGUUAUUUUCCUGCCGCUGUAGUUUCCCUGAAGAUCACGCAGGGUCAUGGUUCCGGUUCGGUCCGGGGACGAUGAGAGCUGAACCAAGGAUCCGAACAGGAACUGUUCAUCCGUCUCGGUGCUGAUGCGGCUGUGACAGCAGCAUGGCCGCCGGGAAGUUGCUGCUGUACGCCGGCCUGUCCCUGUCCCUCUGCGCUCUGGGGAUGCUGGCAGUAGCCAUGUGUUCCGACCACUGGUACGAGACCGACGCUAGGCGGUACCGGGAGCGCUGCCGGAGCUUCUCUAGCCGCAGGAAGGACCCGGGAUUCAUCUACAUCCCCAGCCUGCCACUACGGGCCAGCAGAAGCGGGCCCGGAUCCGGCCGGGAGGACGAGCUGCUGCUGGCCCGGAACCGAAGGCAGCUGUUCGCCAUGAGUGCAGCAGACGAAUGCGGCAGGCAGUACAACUCCACCAACAUGGGCCUCUGGAGGAAGUGCCACCGAAUGGGCUUCGACCAGACCACCGAGGACCUGAUCAGAAAAGGUUCAAUUGCAAGAUGUUCCAAUAUCAAGUACCACUACUCGUCUGCUGCAAUCCCCAAAAACCUGUCCUACAACAUCACCAGGACCAUAAGGCAGGAUGAGUGGCACUCCCUCCACCUGCGGCGGAUGACAGCUGGUUUCAUGGGCAUGGCAGUGGCCAUCAUCCUUUUUGGCUGGAUCAUUGGUGUGCUGGGCUGCUGCUGGGACCGAGGUCUCAUGCAGUAUGUGGCCGGCCUCCUCUUCCUUAUGGGAGGAACCUUCUGUAUCAUCUCCCUCUGUACCUGCGUUGCUGGCAUUAACUUUGAGCUGUCCCGUUACCCGCGGUACCUGUACGGCCUGCCAGAUGACAUCGGCCAUGGCUAUGGCUGGUCCAUGUUCUGUGCCUGGGGAGGUCUUGGCCUUACCCUCAUUGCUGGUUUCUUUUGCACCCUGGCUCCUUCUGUCCAGCCAAUACCCAGAUCCACCUGCCCCAAGUCACGGCAAGAGAAUGGCACCGUCUGCUAAAGUGGACAGCUGUGAGAAGUCUGACCCCAUCAGCCCACCAACCAAUGACCAGUGGAAACAGAUGAUCCAUGCUCUCAUCUCCCUGAUCAUUCAUCCUGGUUUCAGUGUUUUUUAUUGUGUGUGUUUAAAAUGGAUGUCUCUGUGGUCUGCUAUCUUAAAAAACAGAAAAACUCAAGAACUAAAGACAUUAUAAUGAAGAAAAACUCUAACCUGUUAUUGCUUUGUUGUUGUGGGGUAGCUGCAGAGCUGGAUUAUGGAAUCCACACGGAGAUGGUGGUAGAGUGAGAUAGUUGAGGUCUGAACAUGGACCUAAAGGUGGUGGACUGAGAUUCAGUCAGGAGUUUGUGGACAAACAAUCAAAACAUGGAGCUUAGAGAACAAUCUCAAGAGAGUUUGUUUUUAUUUUUGAACCUGUCCGAGGAAUGGACCAAACCAUGUGACUUCCAGUGUGGGAUCACAGUUUAGGACCAUAUCAACAAGGAGCUCUGAGACCUCUGCUGUUGUACAUCACUGUACAGAAUAUUCUAGAAGAAUCAACAGAAUCCAUCUGACUGGAUCACUCCCAUUCCUAUGUAGGUGUGUCCUGUUCCAUCUGAAGAUCCCAGAGGACAUUUUCUACAUGCAUUUUUUAUUCAUGCUGGACUUUUUAAUUGACCUUAAUGUCAUAUUCAAGUCAGAUGACAUGUUUUUUUAUUGUUUUUGUUUUAGUAGUUUGUGUGUAUGAGCAUGAAACAGAAAAACAUUCGGAGACAUGACAGAUCAGAUCCAAAGGUUGGGUUUGUAGAGCUCUGAGGUCCAGAGAGCUGGAGGGGUCACUUUAGUGAGGUCUGAUCAUUUAGAUCUCGCUCUGACUUAAGAAGGUAAAGGUUAUUUGUUAGACUUCUAAAGGACUUUGUGAUCCCCUUGCAGACUCAGACUGUAACACUGAAGGUCUAAAGGUUAGCCCUGAAGACCAGCCCACCAGAUCUUCACAGGAAUCACAGGUCCACUUCAGAAACAAGACUAUGUAAAGAUUUCUGACUAAAUAAGUUUUCACUUUGGCUGUCUUUUGUUGAUUCCAUGACAUUCCCCUUUAUGACAAGGUUCCCUGGAGAGCUGUUUGAAUCCCUCAGAUCUGAGGUUUCUGUGACAUAGUAGAGGUUAAAAUCCAGACUUUUGUCAGGAUCAUCUGUCAGAAACAAAUUCUAAUCACAUUCUCUGGAGUUGCUGGAAUGUUUGAUUCCUCGUGUUUGCCUGAUUUGUUCUAACACAAAUGAAACAGCAGACAGUAUGAAAGGAUUCCUGAUUGUUUGCUGGGAUCUGGCAGCCUGAUGUGUCAAACCCUUGUGUCUCGUGUCAUUCCUUAACCCAUUCAUUCAUGGCUGCUCUUUAAGCCUGAGAUGGAAACCAUUAAUUCUCUGAAAUUUUCAGAAGGUGGGAUUGCUCUUUUUUCCCCAAAUCUUAGAAGAUUUGGUGACAAUCCCAAACCACCCAUUCUGCAGACUGAAGCUUCACCUGGAUGUUUGGUUUAUUGGUGUCUAAAGAACAGUCCUACAUGAAAGUAUGCAUUUAAAGUGAAGGAUUAAGGAUAAAAAUUAAUCCUUGAUCAUGCCAUCCAUCCUAUGUUUUGUAUUCACCUCUAAGGCCUCCUGACUGGUUUUCCUUGGACUGGAACUGGUUUUAACAACAUGAUCACAUGACAGUUUGUGUGUCUUAACUUGUUGGACUGUUGUUUUCAUCCCACCCUCUGAGAUCCUUCUGGAUCCCAGAAACUAACUUGUUUUUAUUUUGAAUAUUCACAAAAUAAAAGACCCAAGAUUUCA